AUUCUUGUUUCUUGAAGAAGAUAAAGUGAUUUCUCUUUGCUCAAAGUCCCUUGAUAAUUUAUUUAUUUCUCAUUGAAAGUUUAUUUUUGUCUAAAAGUAUAGAAGUAGAUAAAUUGUCGAUGAAGUAUCAGCAUUGAAUAAAAUUUUAAUUGAAGUUCAUUCUUUUAAGCUUGACACGUUUUUAAGCAUACAUUGUUGUUAGCUUAGUAAUUUGCUUUUAGCUGAUUCCUAAAUGUUCUCGAUAUCUGAUCGUGUGACUGUCAUCGAUGGUGGUUUUUCAACCCAGUUAAUGCUAAAUGUUGGCGUUCAAAUCGAUGGUGAUCCACUUUGGAGUGCAAGAUUUAACUCAGUCCAGCCUGAUGCUGUCGUAAAAUCUCAUCUUGAUUUCUUGGAAAAUGGAGCUGAAAUAAUUUUAACGAACACUUAUCAGGCAAGCGUUGAAGGCUAUACAAAGCAUUUGAAUAUAAAUCGGGAAGAAAGUAUUGAUCUCAUUAAGAAGACAGUUAAAUUAGCACACAACGCGCGUGACAAUUUUAUGCAAAUAAAUUCAAAUACUGAAUUGCCUUUGAUAUUUGCAUCGAUUGGACCGUAUGGAGCUCAUCUUCAUGAUGGUUCGGAAUAUACUGGAAGCUAUGCCGACACAGUUUCAGUGGAAACAAUCAAAAAUUGGCAUAAAGUAAGAAUAAAUGCUUGCAUUGAGGCUGGUGUUGAUGGUCUUGCCAUUGAAACGAUUCCAUGUCAGAUGGAAGCAGAAGCUGUUGUUGAUAUGAUUCUUGAUGAGCAUCCUGAUAUGAAAUUUUGGGUUUCUUUUCAAUGCAAGGAUGGAAAUUCUUUAGCUCAUGGUGAGAAAUUUGCCGAUGCCGUUGAUUCAAUUUUCACACGUGUUGCUGCUCGAAAUAAAAAGAAUCUGGUUGCUGUUGGUAUCAAUUGCAUAAACUCUGAAUUCGUUUCACAAUUGUUACGUUCGAUUAAAGUUGAAGUUCCUUUAGUUGUUUAUCCGAACAGUGGCGAAACUUACAAUGUCGAAACAGGAUGGCAAGGAAAGAAUAGUUACACACCUCUUGAAGACUUCGUACACGAAUGGAUUGAAUUAGGAGCAAGAUUUAUUGGAGGCUGUUGUCGAAUUGACGCCUCCGACAUUAAGAAAAUCAAGGAAAAAGUUCAAGAACUGAAAAAGUAAAAAGUGAAAAGAUAUUUUUGGGAACGCAAUAAAAUUUGAGUAAAUUACACGGUGAAGAUGUUCACAAAACACAAAAGUAUAAAAAUAUCCACCAAUUCAAGAUUCUUUUAAAGAAUUUAUAUGAGUGAUUUUAUUAUUCAAUGAUUCAUGUAAUUGUUUCUUCAACAUUCAUUCAUAUUAUUAAUGUACGUUCAUUUCUUAACAUAACUUUCUUUUUUUCUUUUUCACGAUAAAUAAAAUGAUAAAAUAGUGCAAAUCAUUGACCAGGAAAAUGACUUUUGAUUUCAGUAUUCGAUAUUUUUUCAGUAACUUUGGUCAAUUGAUGUAAGGAAUGAAUUUUUUCUUAAGUUUUCUCAAUCAUUGGACAUGAUAGAAUUAGAAAAAACGUCUAACUAUCAUUUUAUUUCAGUUUAGUCACUGAUAUAGAAUGCUAUACGAACAGAUAAGUCAGUGCAAGUAAAACGUAGCAAAAAGAUGAUUAUUAAAGCUUUUGUUGUAGACUGAUUGAGAAAUAUGCUUUAAAGCAAUGUUUGUUCCACCAUAAUUUUAUCAUACCCGCUUGGAAUUUGAUAGUUGAAGUUAUCAACAAUAAGAUCCAAAAUGGCUCCAUCAUCAACAACAAGAAGAGGAUAGAUCUCGUUAUUGUAUUCACCUCUCGUUGAAGUUGAAUUGAGCUUGAUGAGCGUUGGAAUGUUGAGAUUUUUACCAUUGAGAUAAAAGUUCAACUCGAUGUGAUCAUAAGUUAUUCCAAUAAUGUCACCUUCCUGCGGAAGUGCUGACCGUUGUGAUGCAUUUGAUGAUGAUGGCAGGAGGUUUGUGAUGUCUUCUUUAUUAUUCAGCGGUAGCAGCUGUUCAGUGUCAUCAUUUGACGUCUUAUUCCCAUUUGAACUGUACAUUUCAUUCAAGUCGUACAAAACGUGACCAUCGUUCAUCACAUAAUUCUCAGCGUUUAGGCACCAACUAAACUUGUCCAAACCACCUCUUGUCUUAUUCAAAUCCGUAUUCAAUGUGCAAAGUCCUAAACUCCAAUGACCACUUUGCUGGAUUUUUACUUCGAAGUAACUUUUAGACUGAAGCAGCGCUUGAUUCAAAACUGCACCACCCGAACCACAUACACGUUUGCCGUUUUUCAAAAUAACUACUUCUUGGCCAAUAUGUCCUGAAUCAAGUGAAAUAAGGCUUUCUGGAGGAUUUAAAGCGAAAUUAUUCUUUGAAGAGCGCCUUAGGCAACAACAAUCUCUUAACAGAUUACUAGAAAACAUGCUUUUAACUAACUAAUCUCCUUUUCAAAAAAUAAUUUCUCUCGAAUGAAAACCAAAAAUAAUUUAAAGUUAAACAAGAAUU